GAGGAGGAACCGGACCCCGAGGCCCCGGAGAACGGCUCCCUGCCCCGCUUCGUGGAGCGCUUCAACUUCACCCUGAAGGACCUGACCCGCUUCGUGGAUUUCAACAUCAAGGGGCGCGACGUGAUCGUGUUCCUGCACAUCCAGAAGACCGGGGGCACCACCUUCGGCCGCCACCUGGUGAAGAACAUCCGGCUGGAGCAGCCGUGCAGCUGCAAAGCCGGCCAGAAGAAGUGCACCUGCCACCGGCCCGGCAAGAAGGAGACGUGGCUCUUCUCCCGCUUCUCCACGGGCUGGAGCUGCGGGCUGCACGCCGACUGGACGGAGCUCACCAACUGCGUGCCGGCCAUCAUGGAGAAGAAGGACUGUCCCCCCAACCACAGCCACACCAGGAAUUUCUAUUACAUCACGAUGCUGCGGGAUCCAGUGUCGCGUUACCUGAGCGAGUGGAAACACGUCCAGAGGGGGGCCACGUGGAAAACCUCUCUCCAUAUGUGUGAUGGGAGAAGCCCCACCGCCGAUGAGCUGCCCACCUGCUACCCAGGGGAUGACUGGUCAGGCGUCAGCUUGCGGGAGUUUAUGGACUGCAGCUACAACCUGGCCAACAACCGCCAGGUGCGGAUGCUGGCCGACCUCAGCCUCGUGGGCUGCUACAACUUGACGUUCAUGAACGAGAGCGAGAGAAACACCAUCCUGCUGCAGAGCGCCAAGAGCAACCUGAAGAACAUGGCCUUCUUCGGCCUCACGGAGUUCCAGAGGAAGACGCAGUUUCUGUUUGAGAGAACAUUCAACCUCAAGUUCAUCUCCCCGUUCACGCAGUUCAACAUCACCAGGGCUUCCAACGUGGAGAUCAACGAGGGCGCGCGUCGGCGCAUCGAGGAGCUCAACUUCCUGGACGUGCAGCUUUAUGAGUUCGCGAAAGAUCUUUUCCAGCAGCGCUACCACCACACCAAGCAGCUGGAGCGCCGGAGGGACCGGCAAAAGAGGCGGGAGGAGCGGAGGAGGCUGCAGCGGGAGCACAGGGGCCACCGGGACCCCAAAGAAGACGGGGCCUCAGAGGGGGCGGUCACCGAGGACUACAACAGCCAGGUGGUGAGAUGGUGACCCCAGGCCCUCUCCUCGCCCGGAGGGGGAGGCUAUGCAGGCGCAUUGACCUUUGCUGCAUUACCUUGGAGAGGGAAGAUGGCCUCGCGGCAGUAGAUGGCUUCCUUUCCGCAUCUGCCUCCUCGUUGUCUUCAUUGUAUCCGGAUGGAGAGUAUCAGUCUUAUUUUGCUUCCUUUCCGCCUGACGGUUUUCGGUCAGUGCCGUCACGUGGGGUAGGAGCGCAUGCGUCAUAGACCACCUCGGGAGGCUUGUCAUGGAGCAACGCACCAAAAGAGAACGAGUCCCGGCCAUUACGUUAGUGGUGGCGAACUUGACCUCUGCCAUCGCUGGAACCUACAGAAGCACAAGCAAAAAGCCGAAUGACCGAUUGGAUGUUAUGUUGAAACGGAUUGGCCUGUCUCUGUAAUGGAACGAUUUGUUUAAAGAGCAGAGAGAGAGAACUUUGAGCAUUUCAAGGAGUGUUAUGCCAACCCUGGCAGAUGGGUGCUGGUACUUGUCUUUGAACUCUAUUUGAAUGUGCUUUAAAUCCUAAGUAGAGUGAUGUGCUUGUUGCAGUUCAACAAAAAUACCCUAUUGUUGACCAUUGCUAGAGACCCACCUCCUAAAAUCUCUGCACUAAAUAAGUUUCCUCUUCCGUCAUUUAAGGAAUGAGGAGGGGGUGCUGUACUGACCUGGCUGUGGCCCCUGAGAAAUAAAGAGCAUUAGUAGUAGUAUUUAAGAGAAAACAUGCUUACAUCCCAAUACGUCACAAGAUUCCACGUUAUCGUUUUCUUUUCAAGGUGAGGACAGAUCGCUAAAUUAAGCAAAAUGAAGGUAGGACAGUACCCCUCUGUCACAUGGUUCAAAACACUGCUAAAAUAUAAUUUUUAAAAGGAAGGCUUCAAAGGACAGUUUCAGAGUAGUCAUAUUCUUUGACAGGGGAAAAAGGCUACAAGGGAAUCCAGCCCGAGGAACAAGAGUUUUAGCUCCUGUGCAUAAAAUCCACCUGGAGGUAACUAAGUGAACAACUCUGAUGUAGGUCAGCAAACAUAGAUUACCACUGAUGGGCUGAUUUUCUCAGGGGCUUAGACAGACUCUUCCUCCCGGCAUCUGGUAUAACCUUUGAUCUCACCGUAUACCUUUCCUAUGCGUAGAAUGAGCAUCUUUAUCAAAUUAUGCUUCUCCCUAUCCUUGGCUUCCUCUGUCAUGAAAGUGGGGAGAUUCUUCAGGGGUUCCCUAUACCAAGAAUGAGGAGAGCGUCUUUCCCUUUCUUAAGUCAAUCCCAUACAAUAAGUAUGCGUUCUCAAUUCAUCAAUAAGAAAAGUGGAGCCAGUAGACUUGAAAAAUCGCUUCCUCAGAAAUGAUAAGCCAGGUCUAGCGGACGGCAUCAUGUUGUCCAUAUGGGAUAAAGACUCAUUCUGCCCAAAGCGGCCUGUCAGUCAUUCAGGAAGCCAGCUGUUCUUGCCCAGAAGGGUUUGUCUAGUGUGCUUUUUUGAAACAUAUGCAAGAGUGAAAAGAGGCCAAGGAAAUAUUGUUCAUCGGUUGGUAGAGAUUAGGCUGACGACGAGAGUGUCUCCCCUGCAGAUGACUCGUUUCUGAGGUAGGAUGGGAAGGGAAAUUGCAGCUGGGAUUAAUGAGCAGAUCUCUCUAUUUUCACAUUUCAUUGUUAGGGUGCCAUGUUCUGCCUAGAAUGAGAGAAAUGCAAAUGACCCUUCUGCCUGCCUCUGUGAAGCACACACACACACACACACACGCACACGCACA